UUUAACGACGAAUGGCAACGUUAAGGUUCGCUCCAAUUCGGUCAUGUUUAUUGUUUGUUCGUGAUGGAAUUAAUAAUAUUAAGAUGAAGUUGAUUAAUUUCUGUUUUAUUUAUUGACAAAUAAUUUAUUUGAAUUGCCCGUGACUAACUUAUGUUUUAUGGAUACUUUUAAAAAUUUACCGUUCCUAUAUUGUAAACGUUGUGAGCCAACUUUGUGACUAUUUGACAGGAAGAAAAUAAAAAGCGUCAGUGUACUGCCUGUUCUCAUAAAAAUAUUUAACUUGUUUUAAAUAUUAUAUCGAUUAUGUUAUAUAGUAAUUUACGUGUUGUUUACAAAAUAAUGAACUAUAUAUUUAUUUGAAAUAUUUGUGAUUAUUUGUAUAUUUGGUAAAUUGUCCAAAGACUUGAAAAAUGCCGAAAGCCACAUUAAAACAGCCAAGAAUUGUGUAUCCACCUGGAGUAAAAGAAAUUGGUAAUGAUCUCAGUACUGAUGAUUUGGUACGGAGGCUUAAGGAAUGUGCCCAGUCAUUCCAAAACAUGAGCCAGGAAGAUGAUAAUUCAGCAUACAUUCCACUUGCACUACAUUUAGCUGGAGAAUUAUUUUUAGAACAUCCUAGUAAAGACGUUAAACUGCUUGUUGCUUGUUGUAUAGCUGAUGUAUUUAGAGUGUUUGCACCAGAUGCUCCAUACAAAGAUCCCGAACAGUUAAAAGCAAUUUUUUAUUUUUUUAUUGAGCAACUUCAAGGCUUAGAAGACCCCAAGGAUACUAUAUUUAAACGAUAUUUUUAUCUUCUUGAGAAUUUAGCAUGGGUCAAAACAUUCAAUAUCUGUAUAGAGUUAGAAGAAAAUCAAGAAAUAUUUACAAAAUUGUUUCAACUCAUCUUUUCCAUUGUAAAUGAUAAUCAUUCUACUAAAGUCAAGAACUUCAUGCUUGAUAUGAUGUGUCCUCUUAUUCUUGAAGCUGAUAUAGUUUCUCAGCCAAUGUUGGAUGCGAUUUUGAGUCAGAUAGUGGAACCAAGAAAGACGCAGAACAAAAAUUCCUACAACUUAGCAAGAGAUAUUUUAAAGCGAACACAAGCGACUAUUGAACCAUAUAUCCAUGCUUUCUUCAACAAUGCCUUAAUUUUGGGAAAAGUGGAAAGUAUUUUAAUAAACAAACUAUAUGAUUUGAUUUAUGAGCUAAAUGCGAUUUGUCCAACUAUGCUUACUGGUGUUUUGCCUCAGCUGGAAUUCAAACUUAAGAGCAGUCUUGAAAAAGAACGCUUGGAUGUGACCAAAUUGUUAGCUAGAAUGUUCUCCGACAGAAAUUCUGAUUUAGCAACUCAGAACAAGACAUUGUGGACAUGCUUUCUCGGCAGAUUUAAUGAUAUUAGCAGUCAUGUCAGGAUACGUUGUGUACAAUAUGCUAUGCAUUUUCUCCUGAAUCAUCCUGAAUUGCGUCCCGACAUCACAGAACAAAUGAGACUUCGCCAGCAUGAUCCUGAUGAAACUGUCAGAUAUGAAGUUGUCAUGGCAAUUAUUAGUGCUGCCAAAAAAGAUUUUAACUCUGUAACAGAUGAUCUUUUAAAUUUUGUCAAGGAAAGGACUUUAGAUAAAAAGUUCAAAAUUCGAAAAGAAGCUCUGUUGGGACUUGCUAUGCUUUACAAACAACAUAUGAGUAAUCCUGAAAUUCCAGAAUCCACUAAGGAAUGUAUCUCUUGGAUUAAGAAUAAAGUUUUGCAUGUUUAUUACCAAACAGCAUUGGAAGACAGGUUACUGGUUGAACGGAUAUUGCAUACCUGUCUUGUACCUUAUCAAAGUCCUUUAGAAGAAAGGAUGAAGAAACUUUAUCAGUUAUUUUGUUCUGUAGAUGAAUAUGCUAUUAAGGCUUUCAAUGAACUAUUGAAGUGUCAAAAUACUGUUAGAAACUAUGUGAAAGAUGUCUUAGAAGUAUUGUUUCAAACUCCCAAGUUAGAGGGUUAUGAGAAAAAUCUUACUAACAAAAUUGUUAUUCUAUCAAAAACUCUUCCAGAACCAAUUAAGUGCCAAGAAUUUUUGAAGAAAUUUUUUGGAAUGCUUCAAAAUAAUAACAGGCUCAAAAGUCACAUGGAUACAAUUUUAAAAGGUUCAGCUACUUGUUCAGAAAUUGAACAUAGUGUAAAAGAAGUUUUGAAAGCACUUGGGUUACCUGUUCAGACCAACAGUUUCUACAUGAUUGUGAAACAGAUGUUAGAGCGUGUGGCUCCAGUGAUGAUAGAUCUUGCGGGAAUAAAGCAACUUCUUCUUUAUAUUAAAGACUCUCUGACUGGUUCAGGGGACAUUGAUAUACAAUUGGGAUUGUUCAAUUCAUCAGAAAGAGGAUUGCAACUUCUCCAAAUUUUAUCUGCAAUAUUUCCUGGAGCUUUCUGCAAUAAUUUUGUUUUUGAAGAACUCUUACAUAUAUUGCGAGUUGAAGAUGAAGUGGCUGUUGAUAUCACUAUUCUUAUUUUUACAAAUAUUGGUUAUGUUUUAGAAGGACAAUAUCCUAAUAUCUGCUCGCGCUUGCAACCAAUGCUGGAACGUUUUAUUGAAAAUGGGACUGUAAAACAAGCCAAACAUGCUGUUGGAUGUCUAAAUGUUAUGGUCUCCAACAAGGAACGUGUCUUUGGACAAAUUAUUGAUCGUUUGAAACUGAGCCUCACUCUCCAUUCUGAGUACUUCCGAACAGCGCUUGUUUCCUUGGGCCAUAUUGCUAUGGUGUGCCCUGAUUUGUUUGGAAUGCAGAUCAAAAGUAUUGUUUCUAAAGUGGUUGUGAAAGAUCUGCUAAUGGUAGACUUUGAAAUAACAAGAUCUGAUGACUCAAUGUGGAUUGAUUUUGAUAUGCUUCCAGAAGAAACCAAAGUGAAGGUUGAAGGCAUGAAAAUGAUUGUUAGGUGGUUGUUGGGCCUAAAAACUGCAUCGCAAUCUGCUGUAUCUACUUUACGCUUAUUAACGACUGUGAUCUUACAUAGAGGUGAUUUAAUGGAAAAAGGACAUGUUUCACCAUCUGAAAAGUCUUGGUUGAGAUUGACUGCUGCAACUUGCAUGCUUAAAUUGUGUCAAGAAACCAGUUAUUCUGAAGUUAUCAGCCUAGAACAGUUUCAAGUAUUAGCUCUUAUGAUUAAUGACGAAUGCUACCAAGUUCGUGACAGAUUUUCACAAAAGUUGCACAAAGCUUUGAUGCUGCUAAAACUACCAUUGGAGUUCAUGGCCAUUUUUUCACUUGGUGGUUUGGAAAAAACUCGUGAUUUGAAAGCACAAUUCAAACAGUAUCUUCUAGCAAACAUAAAUAAAAGGAGGGACUAUUUAAAGCAAAACCCAAUAACUACUGCAAAGUUAUUCAACUACUUGCCAGACUAUGUGUUGCCUUAUACAAUCCAUUUGUUAGCUCAUGAUCCAGCUUUCAAAAAAGUUGAUGACAUUCCUUCUUUGCUUAAGCUAAAAGACUGCUUAUGGUUUUUAUUGGAACCUCUUAUGAAGCAUGAAAAUUAUAGUUUUAGUUUUUAUAAGAGACUUCUGGAAGCAGUCAAACAGACCAAGGAUAAACAAGCUCCCACUGAUGACAUAGCAAACUUAAAAUUGUAUGCUGUGAGUGAUCUAGCUAUGAGUAUAAUUAUCUCAAAAACUACUAAUUUUGUUGUAAAAGAAUUUCCAGUUGAAGCUACUUUGCCUUCUAAACUAUACACAGACCAGGAUAAGACUUAUAUUAACUUGAAAACCUAUCUUCCUCCAGAAUUGAUUGUUAACCCUCCAAAGAAAUCUGGCCUUGAAUUGGAGAUGUUGUUUGCAAAUGCUCGAACUAAUGCCAAGAAAAUGGUCAUAGCCGAUUCUCCAUCUUUGGAAGACCAACAAUGUAGCAGCCAAAAUGUAUAUGAUGUAGACAGUGUCAUGGCAAAUGAAGAAUUGGAUGAAAACUUUGUAGAUAGUGACCUUCCACCUCAACAUAGUUAUCGUGUUGAAACUACUGAUAACAUGACUAUAACGGAGCUGAGGAAUGUGUCAGCACCCGUCGUCAACUCCAACACUGCCGUCAAACGUCGCAGAGGAAGACCGAGGGUACAUCCUAUCGCACCUUCAUCAUCCAUUCAAUCUUCCAGUGAGAAUGAAAUUUGUGAAAACACUCCUCCCAACUCUGUAGAUAAGAGAAAAGAAAGUGAUACCGAAAAUGAGACCGAACCAAAGCGACAAAAAGUAGACGAAGACAACAUGGAUGAAACUCGAACGAAGUAUCAGCAGUACUGGGAAAAACACUGCACGUCUCGCUCAUCAAGAAACUCUGCUAACAAAGCUGAUAAAUCUGGCAGAUCAGAUGAGCAGGAUAAUCGGUAGACUGUGAAAGUUAAAAAUCAUUUCAUUUAUACAGAAGUUAAUUUAUGAAUUCUUUUUUUUUAUUUUAACUGUUUUUGUUUAUUCAUGCAUACUUCCAGACUGUUAAAAAAAAAAUAAAUCCUUUCAUUCUUGAACUAUUGAAAGACACUAUGCAAACAUUAUGUAUAUCAUGUUCUCCAUCAAACUUCUAGAAUAAAUGCUAUUUUAAACUCCAAUAAAAAGAAAUCGCUACUUUGUCCUAUUUUUUAUUUCAAUAUUGUGAAACUUUUGUUUUUAAAGGAAAGAAAAUCUGUAAAUAAGAUUUUCUUUGUAAUAAAAAAAUAAAACUUGUUUUUAAAACUAUGUUGCUCUUAAUAUGCUGUUUUUAUUAAGAAGUAGUUCAAAUGGGUUAGAUCAGAUAAUAUCAAAAUAUGAGCAUAUUAGAUUUAGUGGGAUAUAAGAAAAUUGUUUUAUUUAUACAUAUGUUAGAUUAUACUACUGUUUCUCUAGCAUUAUUUUUUUCUUUAAAAAAAAUUUCAAUCUUGAACUAUUGGAUAUAUCAUGUUCAAGGGGGCCACUCUUCAGUCUUGAGAAAAAAUCAGUAGACUAAAUUUUCUCAACUAAUACUUUUUUUUCUCCAUUUGUUUUUUAAAUUAAAAUGUGUUUUUAUCCUUAAAAAUUUUGUAAAUAUUCUCUGUUAAAAAUAUAAUAAAUUGUAAUGAAAACAUAGUUAUUAUUCAUAAUUAUUGCAUAAUUAUCAAGUAAUGAUGUCACAACGAAAUGAAAAAAUGGGAUUGAUGCUUCAAUUACACAAGUAUUCAAAAACAUAAAUAUUAUGCAAAAAAAAAAAAUGAGUGUCUUCAAACAAUGCUUUAGUGCCUGCUUGCUUGCACAAAAUUUGUACCAUGUGUCUAAAUUUGCUUCAGUUUUGGUUUUACUCCUAAGUUUUGAAAGCUGAUAAAAGUUAAAAUAUGGUUGUUGUUUUUUAAAAAAAAAAUUAGAGAAAGACAAAAAUAAAGAUGGAAAAAAAAAGUAGAGAUCUGAAUAGCUUUAUGAAAAAAAUAGUGAUUUAUUAUUGCGGUUAAAAAAUUAAUAAAAUGAGAAAAAUUUUUAAAAAUAUAAUCAAAUUCUUGAUUUAAUAUAUGUGCCAUUAUCAUAAAAAGGUACAGAUUUCCGAGUCAGUAAGCUAUAAAUUUCUGAAAAUUCCGGUAAACAAAGUUAGAUCAUAUUAAUUGGUCAAAAAAUAAGUUCUGUUUUAGAGUGGCACCCACACAUGUUCUUCUUCAGACUUAAAUAAACGAAGAACAGAAUGGCCACAUAAGAGAAAAGUUAAGGAAUGUAGCUAAAAUUCUCACAAGUCAUGGGAAAAAUUUAUGUGCAAGGUUCCUAAAACAUGGGUUUUUAUAUAAAAAAAAUUGGUCUUAUAAUUUUUUUUUUAAAAUUUGUUUAUCUUCAACCUUAAUUUUCACUCUGCAGGAAUAAAAUUGAACUGUAUUUAUUGUUUUGCUUCCAUAUUAUUAAACUUGAUACUUUCUUUUUAUUUUAAAUUAAAGAAAAUCUCAAAAUAAAAUUCUUUUUGAUAAAUCUAUAUCAUUAAAUGGAUCUCAUAUUAAAAGGUUAAAUUUUUUUUAUUUAUACAGAAGUUACUUAAAGGAUAUUUUUAUGGCUUUCUAUCAAGCAGACAACCUUCCUAUCAAUCUUGAAUAAUUUAAGAACUCUGAAUAUUUAUGGCAGUGCUGUGUAUUGUAUAUCAUGUUCUCCCUCAGAUACUUUUCUAGAAUGAACACCAAUAAAAAGUUUAAAAAUUUA